AUGGUUCUCGAUAUAAGGGUCGCAAUUAGGAGAUUUGUGCUUGGACUCAAAUUUGAUUUGCACGGUGAUGCAAAUAUGGCUUCUCAGAACAACAACAUGACUAUUACCAAGACGGUUGAUUUUGUGCAAAGUAAUGACGACCGAAUGAAAGAAGAAAAAGCUUUUCAGAAAGAGAAAGAGAGGGAAAUCAGGAAAAGAGCCAGUGCCACAGUCCCAAAGUUCAGUAAUGAUCAGAAUAGACAGAAUUCCAGGCCAACUUACUCCUAUUCUCAGACUAGUGUGGCUCAGAAAACCUAUGACAUUCCUAUUUGUAGCAAGUGUAGUAAGAGACACCCAGGGGUGUGUCGCAUGGGUAUGGUUGUUUGGUAUGGGAGUCGCCAGCAGGGCCAUUUUCAGAGAGAUUAUCCGUCAACUAGACAAGGUACCGGAGGUAAUGUGGCCCAAUCCACAAAUUCAAAAGCUCCUCGUAAUUCUCAAUCCCAGCAGGGGCAUGCAGCUGCAAAGUCUGGCAAUACGGGCGGUGGUCAGAAUCGUUUGUAUGCGCUGGCAGGUCACUAA